UCGACUGCAACACCGGCGACGACAGCAUCAAGUUUAGUCGAUACAACGGGAGAAACGACGACAACAGGAGAAAAAUCUGACAGCAAAAAUAAACGUGUUGAAAAAAGUCAGUCCAUUUAAUCCCGAAUUUUCCAAAUGUACAUGAAAAUCAUGUAAUUAUUUAUGUGCAUAAGAUUCCGUGCAAUGAACAUCAUGACUUGUAAUGAUCAGUAUGAAUGUACUGAUGGCUCUUGCCAAGAUUUUGCUGAGUUCUGUCGUUCUACUCAUCCAGGAUGUAAGCCAACUUACACCCGCUACUGGUGUAUCCAUGAACAAUUGUGCCGCAAUGAUGACACGGAGUGUCUCCGUCCAUGUGGUUUUCGACAAGGUGCCUACAAUUAUAAUGUUACAUGCCACACUCAUGGACACCGGAAUCUCUGUGCAAGACAUCCCAAACAUUGCCCUGUUGAGUGCCCUUUCCCGAACAUCCAUCGCUGCCCAUCAGGGGACUGUGUGAAGAACGAUAACUAUUGCUUUUAUUGCCCGUUUAAACGCUGCGGGGACACUGGGUUGUGUUACAGUGAGAAGGAGGUCUGUGAUGGAAUGGCGUUCUGCCAAGACAACACAGAUGAGAAAGGAUGUACAGAUAACUCAUUACAGUCGCCUCCGUAUGGCUCAAUUGAUGUCGAUCCCUGGGUGCUGGCAAUUCUCAUCGGUGCUGGCAUGUUCCUGCUCAUAAUAUUUACGAUAUGCUGUUUCCGUACCAGAUAUGGAAAACGGGGCCGAGGAUUUCUGCUCAGUGGUGGUCGGAGAACUGGACGAGGCAUUUCAACUAUUUUACCGGGGCGGGCACAGCUUCAGAGUGGGAUGAUACAGCUACGAUUACGCGAAGGUGAUGCACGGGAAAGCGUAUACAUGUACCUGACAUCCCUGAUGAUGACGCCAUUAGCGAUCGAUGGCUUGGACACCGUCUUUUUAUAUCGUGAUGAAAUGCGACGGAGUAAUGAGAGUCCGACGGAGAAUCCCUCAGCUGCACCACCGCCAUCUUAUACAUAUGUUAUUCAGAAUGACGAGAAAUUUAAGAAGCCAGAAAAUCAGGACCAGAUCGACUCUGGAUUGCCUACUUAUGCCGAAGCUGUUGAAAUCCUCUUGGAAAGUUCAAAUCGCAGUCCACCAUGAUAGCAGCUUUCACACCUGGAUAAGCUUAAAUGCUGGAAUUUCAUGGUUCUUGAUAUUUUUUAAGUUGAUUUGGAAUAUUUUUAAGUGAAUUGGAGGACUUUUCUUGUACAGAUCAUUGGGUUCCUUAUGAAUGUAAAAAUACGGAUUUAUGAAUGGUCCAAUGUGGAUUUAUUUCUGUGAACUGAAAUUGAUUUAGAAUACUAUUCAGGAGCUGCUUUCUGUAGAAACCAUGAAUUGUUAAUCAGGAGUUUAUUUCCAUUGAUUUGUAAAACAUUAUUCAAUAUUAAUUAUAAUUAUUAAUCAUGGAUGGUGAUAUGAUAUGAGCAAGUUUUCAUAAUAGUGUAUAAAUGUAAAGAAUGUGAGGUUGCAGAAAAAAGUGAUCUGGUUAUAUUUGAUAUAAUUACUUGUGAGCAUUGAAUAAAAUGGCAGUUUGAGUCGCGAUUUGAUGUCAGAUAACAUGUAUAACAAACAAUGUUCGUGUUGACAUUAAUUAUCAAGAAACAACGACAAUUGACUGAAUUGAAUGAAAGUGAUAUCUGAUGGUUUUGUGUGGAUUAGGACCCUGAAAAUUUAGAAUUUCUUAAGAAUAGAGAGGCGUCAAGCCUCCCUGCCUGAUCUAUUUUGCAUUGUUCAUUCAUGGUUGUUAUUCGUUGACAAACCUCAUUGCCUUACUUAAUUGCACAAACCUAUUUUUAUGACUCGGUUGUUAUUCCAUGUAAUGUAAUGCUGCAAAUACCAAUAAAACACAUGCUGAAUUAUCUGCUUAUUCACCCUGAGGCAUGCAAUCAGUGAAAACCUCUCCUAGAAUCUCCCACCACCCCUGAGUCAGCCAUCUCUCCGAGUGAGUCCCGCCUCAGACUAGAUGCAUGGAUGGUCCAUACAAGGACCUGGUUUAGUGAUGCCCUUCAGUUGGAGGCUUGAUAUGCUCGGAGAAGUGGUUGACCUUGACGCAGAGAAGUGGGAGACCCUCCGAGAGGUGGUUGCUGCUUCAGGAGUUGUUGAUAUGGAGUGCCUCUGCUAGACAUGGCUGAUUCCAACCUAAUCAGUGUUCACAGUGUAUUGAAUGAAAAUCAACAUGUGAGGCCCGAAUCCACCUUAUUUAUGAAUGAAAAAUGUUUAGCUAAAACAGUGUAUCGGCUAUAAAAGCACUCUUUGGGCCAAAACCCUGAUGGGCUGAAAACUGUUUGAGCUGGAACACUGAUUGGAGUAAAACACUGUUACAGGUGUACUUAGCUAGCCUGGACAUGUACAGUUUGUAUAUUAACAUGAUUUUGAGCAAAAAAACAUUGAUAUAGUGGUCCAAUUUUACCCGCUUUGUGUAAUCCAAAUGAUAAGUUACAUGUAUAGUGUGAAUUUGUUGUUGGCAUGAAGUUAUCUGUUGUUUUACACAUACAAAUAGAAAUACACCUGCUCUUGACAAAAAUGUGGAAAGUAUUUUGACUGACUAUCGGUUCAUCUACAUAAAAAAUUGAAAUUUGUAAGUUGAAUUUGGAUGUCAAUGGAAUUUAGCAAAGGAUUGAAGCUAUUUUUUCAUGGCAUAGUUUUUCAGGACUGUUUUGAAUUAUUUCAGUACCUUAUUGAGCGUAGCCUGUGCUGCUCAACAUCACAUACCAAAACGAUUAGAAGUUUUAACAUUGAUUGGGAAUUGGUCGAGUGGUUGCAAUUUUCCAUCACAAUGAUACAUUACAUUGAUCUGAGUGUGCAAUGUCUCUAUUUAGGAAGCAUUAUCACAUCCCGUUUGCUGCUGAUUGUCAAAUCUCUUGAAAAAUGAGAGCCUUAGAAAUUCUUUGGCGUGGCUUACUGCAUUUCACUGUGCCUUAGUGUUGUAAUUACAAUGAAGCUAUUUAUUGGCUGUUAUUAAGUAUCCUUUGUUAGAAGGAUGGUUUCUGGUUCCUGAUUUAAAUACCAGGUCUUGUGAGUAUAAAUUGCUAAAAUGGUAGGGCGGACUUUUCGAUUCUCAAAUGGACCAAGUUGAUCUGUUCUGUUCAGGUUUGUGGGUCAUUGAUAAAAUUCAAACAUACGAAAUAAGAGUUAGUUCAAGUAUGCUUGCAUGCUCAUGGCUAGGGGAGAGGGGUAUGGCUCUGAAGUUUGUUUAAAUAUUUUAUCAAUGGCUUGUCGAGGAGUGCUCUAAACCAAAGGGACAAUGCAUGUGUGCUUUAUUGUGUUUUAUUAAUGUAAUAAUAUAAUUUCCUGAAAAUUUAUUCUCCUGUAGUCAUGUAACCUGAUAUGUGGUUUCUAAUAAUCUACAUGUGUACUGUCAAGUUUUUGAUCAUUCUGAGUGGGGUCAAACAGUAUUAUGCGUGGAGUUCCUUUAGUUGCCAAUAAGGUUACCAAUGUUGCCAAAGAGGACUAUCCUCUGAUAUGAUCGCACAACUUGAAAAAAAUGCCUACAGUAUGAUUUUCAAAGUUCAACAAGCAAGAUGUCUGCAAAAGGUUUGUAUGCAUCUGAGAGCUCCCCAUACGCUCAGAAACUCUGUUAAAUUCAUAAUCGCCAGCCUGGUGUUAUCUUGAAACACCCCUCCGUUAAAGGUCCAUGCUACAGUCAUGUUUACCAUUAACAUUAGAAUUGAAAUAAUUUUUGCUUGUUAUACAUGUAGGCUUUUCCAGAAAUAAAUGACCACUUGUUCAUGAGCCGCUGUGUAAAAACUACUGGGCUGAUUAUUGAAAGGUUUCAUCAAUAGUCGGCCAGAAGUAAGCGGUACUGAGCAAAAAAUGUUCUGUGGUCAUUCCGAAAAACCCUGUAGUGUUAAGGGUUGACCAUAGGCACCACCGUUUUGGCUAGAACUUGAAAUCCAAAAGCAUCCUCUAAUUACUUAAGGAUUCCAAGUUCUGGCCAAAAUGGUGGUGCCUAUGGUCAACCCUUAAAAUAGAAAUGAAAAAGUGGAUGUAAAAGCUAAAAGUAUACCACACCUGAGAGUUGUAACUGCUUCAUAUAAUUGUUGUAAAUAGGGAGUAGAUUGUGAUUAUAGUUAACAUAAUA